ACAUGUAAUGCUAUAUCAGGUCCCCACUUCCCUUUCUUUCCCCCUUCCUGCUUUCCCCAGCCCACUUGCCAGAUGUCCAGCAGUGGCUCAGGAAGAGGAGUGGGGGGAAAUGAGGUCCAGUUGAGAAGCAGCAGCAGAAAGCACAGGUAGGGGGAACUGGAGAAAGAAGAGACAGGUGUACUGUAGCCUGCACUGGGCAAGGGGGUUUGGCACUCUGUGUGGAGGGGGCGCUGGAAAGCUGGAGUUGUAUAACAUAGAAGGACAGAAGUGGGCAGUGUUGCACAAGCAAGAACGCCUGGCAUCCGAGGAGCUCAGUAGCUGUCAGUGUGUAAAGUCAGGGCAGACAGUUCAGAAUGUUUUGGUGCAGCUGGUGAAGCGCUUCCUGUAUCAGCUGCAUAAGGAACUGCACCUGAUUAACACUAGGUUUUGAAAAUGUGCAUUUUAGCUCAGUGACAAAAGGAAUAUAUUUUCUGUGCAUCAGCAAGAUAUCUCAGUCAUCAUGACCGGCACAGCAGCUCCGCCGGCAGAGACGGAAGCGCCUCCGCGGGCCCAGAAGGAGCCGCCCUCGCCGUUCCUGAGGGGCCUCCCUGAGCCGCUGCCCGAGCACCAGGUGCCCGCCGUCCAGGAGCUGCGCCGCUGGCUGAGCACGCAGCCGCACCUGCCGCCGCUCACAGACGAGCACCUGCACCUGUUCCUCCACAGCUGUUACGGAAAUCUGGAGCCCACCAAGAAGACCAUCGAGAUGUACUUCACGGUGCGCACGCAGUGGACAGACCUCUUCUCCAACAGGGACCCGCUGCUGGCCGAGAUAGAAUGCCUCAUGGACCUCGCGCACCUGAUGCAGCUGCCGCGGCCGACGCCGGAGGGCUACCGCGUCAUGCUGUACCGGCUGGUCAACCCGGACGCGUCGCGGCUGCACUUCGGCACCGCCGUCAAGGCGUUUUGCAUGUACAACGACAUGCAGCUGUCCGAGGACGGCCUCGUGCCCGGAUAUGUCGUCGUCUUCGACAUGGCCGGCGUCCACCUGGGCCACCUGGCGCGCGUCAGCCUGGCAGUGGUGCGGAAGUUCAUGAUCUACAUACAGGACUGCCAUCCUGUCCGACUGAAAGGGGUGCACGUCAUCAACACAGUCGGUUUCAUUGACAAAGUGUUAGCACUUGUGAAACCCUUCCUAAAAAGUGAAAUCAUAAAACUGCUUCACUUCCAUGGCCCAGUAACAUCAUUAGGAAAAUUUUUACCACUUGAUAUAUUACCUGAAGAAUAUGGUGGAACAGGAGGGAAAUGUCAGGAACUUGCUGAUAAAUAUCGCACCUUGCUCCGGACAAGUUACAGAUCAUUUUUAAUGGAAGAAGAGGUUCUGCGUGUGGAUGAAAGUAAGCGUCCCCCAAAACAAAGUUGGUGGCAGAUCUUCUGGGGCAGUGACACUAAUUCUCUUCAACAGCUUUCUCUCGAUUGAAAAAUUCCUCUAGUCCUUGUGUAUUACAAAUUUUGUGUCACAUUUUUGGCAUUGAACAGUACUUUCACUUUUCCUGACACUCCCACCAACUGAAUGCUAUACGCCAUUUUCCAUAUCUUAUGUUACAUAUACUACUGACUUUGUGAAUUAUCCAACUGAGUAAAAUGACAAUGUUUAAAGUGAAUAGUCACCCCACAGGUGUCACAAUUCCACUACAAUAUAUUUGAUUUCAUUUGUAUAUAUUAUAUAGGCCUAAUCACUUACUUUUUACUCUUCUAUAAGUUCAAAGGCCAUAGUAAUAUGGUAGUGUGCUGUAGAUUUUAGUUUUGUGUUUCCUGACAUGUAUAACUGGCAACUGUCAGCAGCGUUAUUAUUGUAACAUAUUGUUAUUAUGUUGAUUAUAAUGAUGUUUAUUACUGUCUCAGUUUUGAACCUACAAGUCUCCAGUGACAAAGAAUUUUAUAAAAACAAAUAACAUACCAAAUAUGUUACUGAAUAUUGUAUUUAAUCUGUAUAGCAAUAAAUCUUCUUAUUCAUCUACAGAACAUAGCUUCUUAUACAUCAAAAUGGAAUUUUCCUAGUCAUAAUGUUGGCACAUAUAUGGAGCAGCAUUAAGGAAAGCAAGACUCAGAACUUAUAAACACAAAAUAUCAUUCUAGUGUUAUAUGCCAAUGGUGUUAUAAUGUUAUCAUAAUCUAUACUCUGAACCAAAGCAAUGGGAAUGUGCAAUACUUUUGCAUUAAUUUUAGUUUGUUUUAUAAUAUAAGGAUUAGUGAUCUUUAUGAAUAGCCAUACUUGAUUAUUCUUAAAGACUGGUUAUUUCUAAAGUUAAAAUUAUGUCACAGAUCAACUCUUUUACUGAGCCACCGUUUGAAAUUCUGUGUAUAUUCGAUAUUCAGAUGCAGAAGUAGGUACUAUUUCUCUGUCUGCUGGUUUUGUUUUAUUAAUAAUUUUUCAUUUUCUUUAUUUUCAAUUCAUUUCUCAACUUUACUUUUUCUUGCUGUAGACCAAAAGAAGCAAAUCUGCAAAAAAUGGAGACAUGUUUCUAAUUGAAAUAACAAGUGCUCUAUUUGUACUAUAGUCUACGAUAAAUCUUAGCACUUUUUCCAAUGCUCAACAGACAACCUAAAAACAGAGUGUGAAAAUGAAGGAUAUUUUCUAGCUGCUGAGUGAUGCUAUGUAUUUGGUAUGGCUUUACAGUUUACUGAUCAUUAAUCAUCUGAACAUUUACAAGUUAUUUAAUCACGUUAGUUAUUAAUGAAAAACAGAUAAUAUUAUUUUAAUUAUGCAUUUUGUAAAAGUAUAUUCAAGUUUUCUACCUUUUUAGGCAAGUACUCUCAUGUAUUCACAAUAAAAAAGUGUUUAAGGCAUUGGCCAUCAGUGAUUUUCUGUUGUGAAAUAUAUAAUCAGUGCAGCAAUAAACUUGUUUUCUUUUUCUGGA